AUGUCACACAAAAGUACGAAAUAUACAUAAAACGAAAGUGUUUUCGUAAGCAAAUUGUUUACAAACAAGAAAUAUUUGGUUUUAAUAUCGAAAUGGAUAAUCAAGUUGUAACAGCAGCCGCCGUCACUGCCGGAGCCAUAUUUGGAGCAAUAUCUCUUAUCAAGGCAUUUUCCAAAGAUGAAAAGAUUCGGGUGAUAAGCAAUCAAGCAGAUUGUCGUCGGGGAUUGAAAGAAAUUUGGGAGCAUUGCAGAGAUUACCCCGUGAUUGGCUUUGAUUGUGAAUGGACAAAUAUGGGAAAUCAACGUCAACCGGUCGUUUUAUUACAGCUCCAGUCUUACCAUGGUCUUUGUCUUCUAAUUCGUCUUCCCUACGUAGGAAUUCUUGAAGAGCUUCAAGAAUUGUUGGAGAAUGAACGGAUCCUAAAGGUUGGAGUUGGUGUUGAUCUUGAUGCAAAGUAUUUGUUCGAGGAUUAUCGUGUUCAUGUUAGGAGCACACUUGAUCUUCGUUACAUGGCUGUAUUGGCGAAAUGUGAACCUGGAAAAUUGAUCAAGAUGUCUGAAGACUGUUUGAAAUUCAAACUCUGCAAAGAAUAUGCAUAUUCGGACUGGGAUGCAUCGAAUUUGAGUGAAAAGGCAAUCGAAUAUGCAGCAAAAGACGUACACGCUGCCAUUGAACUGUUCAAAUACUUUGAAGAGCGCAUUUAUGACGGAUGGAUGCUAAGAACUUCCCGCGAACGCGUAAAAUAUGUCAUUGACAGAUUUUGUUCGAAAUUUUUGAACCUAUAUUAUAACGGAGCACAGGGUGUUCCUCACGCACUCAUUCGUCAACGAUUGUCAAAUUAGAUCCGAGAAUUCGAAAAUAAACAGACUCCAGACAUUGAAUUGACUUCGUUCUUUAUGAUGAAUGUAUGCAAUUAUUUUAAUGUUAUCGAAAAUUAUUAUUCUGAUUGUUGAAAUUAAGGGAAAAAUACCUUUUUCAUACGUUUCAUAGUAUUU